AAGUGAGAUGUCUCUGUUAUUUCGCAGUGCUUCUUUGGUUCUGCUGUGGAUCUUGAUCUCCCGAGUUAAACUUUCUUUUGGAUUCUUUAACCUGACAAUAUUACACACCAAUGAUUGUUCAGAUCGAAUUGAAGAAUUCAGUGGUUCGGGCAGUACAUGCACCCCAGAGAUCAGGGCGGACGACGGAUGCUUUGGAGGGGUAGCCAGAAGAUCUACGGUGCUGAAAGACAUUCGUGAGGGGGGCACCGGUAAUGAAAGCAUCAUUUUAUUGGAUACGGGGGACCAGUUCCAAGGCACGGACUGGUUUUACGUGUACAAAGGAAACAGCACCGCUCAUUUCAUGAACUUAUUAGAAUACGACGUCAUGGGCUUGUCAAAAAAUGAAUUUCUCAGGGGUGUUCCGGGACUGAUACCGUUUUUAAAUCUAAUCGAUUUUCCCGCCGUAAGCUCUAAUAUUGAUACGUCCAACGAACCAGCCUUGCAGUCGCUUCUUAGCCGGAGUCGUGUGAUCACUGUAGGGGGAGAGAAAGUGGGCGUGGUAGGAGUAACCAAGCCAGAUACUCCCCAGUUGACACCCACAGGGAACCUCACAUUCCUCCCUGUCAUCGAAUCCGUCCAGGCAGCCGUUGACAAUCUUGUAGACGAUCAGGGCGUCAAUAAGAUCAUCGCACUCAGUGACUCUAGCUUUGAUAUUGAUCAGGAGAUCGCGAGGUCCGUUCGGGGAGUCGAUAUUGUCGUCGGCGGCCAUUUCAAUACUUUUCUUUACACAGGUGACCCACCUUACGACGACAACGCCAAGAAAGGCGACUACCCUUUGGUCAUCAACCCGUCUUACAAUGACAGUCUUGAGGUCCUCGUCGUUACCGCCUACCGUUUGGGCAAGUACCUGGGUUAUCUCGAAGUCACAUUCGACGAUGAUGGUGUUGUGACGUCAUAUGCGGGGAAUCCAAUUGUCCUGGAUAAAAACGUCGAGGAAGAUCCUUUUGUGUUAGAACAAGUGGAAACCUACAAAGUCCUAGUGGAUAAAAUCUCAACCACAGUAGUCGGGUCAUCAGAUGUGGAGUUAAGUGGACGCGUCAGUGUAUGCGGUGUCGGUGAAUGCAAUCUGGGGAACAUGCUUUCGGACUCAAUGAGGCUCUUUCACGGGACUGAAAAUGAGCUUGACAUCGCCAUAACCUCCGCCGGGAGUUUUGCUUCAUCGAUAGAACAGGGCAACAUCACUAUCAGUGAUCUGACGCGUACCCUACCGUACGGUGACACAAUCGACAUUCUCUCUCUUACUGGUCGAUCUAUCAUGGACAUUCUGGAACGAUCUGUUGAAGAUUUUGAUAUAUCAACUCCAUCUACUGCCUUCCUUCAGCUAUCAGGAGUGAAGGUCGAAUUUAACCUUGAUCGUGGAAACGGCGAGCGAGUUGAGAGUGUCGAAUUACUUUGUGACUCUUGUGAGGGAGGAUACACUGACAUCGACGUCGAUGGCGUCUACCUUGUCGCCAUGAAUAGCUACAUUGCAGGGGGUCAAGAGGGAUACACGAUCAUCCUCGAUAGAACUAUCAGUCGAGAAACAGGUAACCUGGACGUAGACGUAGCCGCGGAUUUCUUGAGAGAGAAUUAUCCUUUCAAAAGCAGCAUUCCUCGUAUCGUUUUCAGUGGAUCGAGCAUGCUCAAAGCCCCAAUCCCUUGGGUUUUGUUUCUUCUUUGUUUAUGUAGCUUGACGGGUUGA